AUGGCGGAUGUCAGCGCCCAGAAUGGUGCUCUCGCAAACCACGAUAGAAACCCUCAUCUAAACGGCGCGGAGGGCGUUGGUCCAAAGGUCGCAGGUAGCACUCCGAAUGGCGCUUCCAAGCAGGUGGACGGCGCGGUAGAGUCUGUCAAGCAGGCAUUAGACUCGCGCCGGAGGAUGAACGAUCUGCCCGAUGAGAUUGUUCAUAUUGCAGACGGCUACAUACCCUUAUCCCUCCUACUUUCGCGGCUGGCACAACAAACCCACAACGUUCUACAGGAGAAAGUUCAGCAACUAGCGCGCAUGCCUCUUCCUCCUCCGCCCGCAGCUGUGAAUGGGAACCAGUCGGGGUUAUCCAAGGACGAAUUUGAUAAUUCUCACGAGAGUCUCAGCAAGAAAGUCAACCUUCUCUCAUUUAUCCAAACUAUUCACGGGAAAUGGGUCAAGGCCUUGGUCAUCGCAAACUGGAGCAGGGAGAGCGAGCUCGUGACGAAGCUGAUUGACUUGAAGAGUCAUCUGAACGACCAACUGAUGCAGUUUGACACGCGACUAGACCAGGUUGUUGAACUCAAACGCAGCCUCAUAUUUGCUCGUGUCCCAAGCCCAGAUCUAAAAACGGCGCUCCAGGUCCUCUCCUGUGGCAAUGGCGAUUGGAUGCCCGAUCUCGGAUACAUCGAACCGCCCCCACUAAAGCGGGAAGACCAUGUGAAGUGGCUCGAGGAUCUCGAUACUUGCCUUUCGAUGCGACUGAACCUCCACGACUAUGACAAAAUCCCCGCCAUCAAGGGCGAGUUCGAAGUCGACCUUACGGUAGCCGACGAAGACCCUGAGAAGCAGUUCUGGUUCAUCGAUUUUCGGUUCGGUUUUGCGCCCGCCGCGCGAGAACUCGCGGCACAUUUUAAGCCCUUAUUGGAAAGCCAUGUAAACAACGCUUUAGCCAAGGAUAAUCUUAGCGGAUGCUACCAACUCUUGCAUGAGUUCGUGUUGAGCCACAAGGUUGGCGAACUCAGGCGCCAAGCCUACGAGCUUGCCCGUACCUCGUGGACGAGGACUCUGGCGAUAGAACCGCUGGAUCGCUCGUUCUCCAUCCAGUACUGGCUCCUGCGACAGAAUCAAAAUACGUCCUCGGUCCCCGCGUACUCGAGGUACGCCGUGCCUCAGCUCCCCACGGUUCCUAAGAGCUGGAUCAUUGUAUCCGUGGUGAGCGCGCGGAAGCCCGACGGCAGCCCAGAUGCAAAGUCAUCUAGCCGCCUGGCCGUGAAAUGGUUCCGUGAUGGGAAGGAGGUCAAGGAUGCUAAUAUCGAGUUCGACCACAAUGACCUGUCGACCGAGAAGCUCCUAAAGGUAGUCAUUGCGAAACACGUCGAGCAUAUCCUGCGAUCGAUCCACAAGAAGUUGCAGCCAGCGCCACGGUUUGCCAGCCAGGAAGCCGCUAUGACGCUACAUAUCUCGGCGACGGAACCGGGCGAGUCCUUCCUGACGAUGCAGCUUAGUGCUACGGAAGCGGUCACACUCAGAGUCGAACCGGCCAGUGGCAAAUUUAACCUCCACCCGACCUCGAAAGCUGCAUUCCAAGCUGAAGGAAGACUCAACGCGGGCGGCAAGGAUCCAGCGGAGGACGGUGCUACGUAUCUCGAGUAUUUGAGGUGCAUUCACCUCAGCGAAGAGAUUUCUCGCAAGGGCCGACCGCAAGGAUGGGUAUCUGUCAAGAGUCCUCUGAGCCAUGAAGACGUUAAAACCGUGUUCAGGCCGCAAGAGCCUUUCCAGAUAUCAUGCUUCCAACGUCUAGGUAUUGACUCGAAGUGGUACGUCCUGCUGGUGAUGAGCCUGCACGGGGACGAGUGGUGGGUUUUCAGGUCCAACCGCUCGCUCGAUCAGGUUCUAUUCAAAGCUGCGGCUCCAGCCCAAAGAACCAGGACUUGGAAUCACCUUUGGAACAACCUAACCACCUUUGUCGCGGCGGUGAUCGCACACGCAACCGACCUUGCCGAGUUGCACCGUCGUAGGUUCCGGUACGAGAACCGCGGCAAUAAGAACUUCUCUCUUCCUAACGAGGAGCAAAGCGACCACUCCCUUCUCCCCGAAGAGAAGCAUCAGCCGCUACCGCAAUCCAACACGGAUUCUCUCAAAGACGGAUCGUUGCCGGCGGCCAGCCAUAUGAAUGAGGCGUUUGAGACGCGACGAGUUGAGUCGCCGCGCAGGCCGACCGGCGCUCGUAAGCCGUGGGCUGCGGACUUUGUCGAGAUUCGGUACUCGGGGGUUCAGUCGAUUCCCGGCGGUAACCCGACAAGUGCGCGCCAGCUGACGUGCGGCCAGGAUGCCGUCGUUCGUGUGCUGGAUAAGAAGAAGUUUGCGCUUCUCACCGGGAAGCUUGGCCACGACGUAUUUUAUAAUGCACGCCGAGGCGAAUUUUGUGUCCGCCUUCGCACGAGCGUAGGAGCCUCGGUCGUGCGGACACUCAAGACGAGGCUGCAGGCGAUUGACAGGGUGGUUGACUCACUCGACGCCAUGAGGGUCGCCAAGGGCGCCAUCAAAUGCGAGCAGGUGACGUUAGAGAAGGUGGUCUUCACGUACACCGAUACUGGGGCAGCAGAAGGAGCCAAGCGAUGGCGCGUCUCGCUCGACCUCUCCAAGGAUAGCAUUGUCCUUGGCCUAGAAAACGGCAACCCACAUCUCCGUGUGCUCGACCACCUUACUUCGCUUGUGAAUGCGCCGAGGGGCAUUUCGAACUUGAUUCUGGUGCUGCCCAUGUCCCUCACGAUUCUUACCGUCUUGGACAAGAUCCAGAAUGCCUGGAAGGAUAUUGCUAAGAACGACAAGGGUGCUCUCGUGAUCACAGCCAAAUCGCUUGACUGGAUCACGCUUUGCUACGAACUACCCGAGACGCCAAAUAGGCCUCGUAGUGUCCGAAUAGACGUCCGGGCACGCACCCGCAACGGCAAACUAUGGUGGUUCGUUAACCGCGCAGAUCAAGAAGAUCACGACUAUUUCGCGCAGAAGCUCAGGAAGGUGUGGGAAGCUAGAAACGUCCCCUGGCGGUCCCUUUCCUCCGGCGCGGCGACGCAAAUUGACGACCGGUCUCUCAACCUCUUGCUGGGGUUGGAUCAAACCGUGCGCGAGGCAGUUAUUGGAUCGCCUGCCGGCGGGAGCGGUGGUGCCCAGACCACGGCAGGUAAAGCCAACGUGCUGACGGGGAGCUCCUCUACGGCCAGCGCGACGGCCGCAGUUGGGAGCCGAGCGAAACCCGUGACGCUUGACUAA